UUACGCCAAACCAAUCGUUCUUACUCUCUCCCUUCCAUUACUAUAAAGAAGCCACACUUUCCCUCUCCAAAGCUACCCACAAACGCAAAACCGUUCUCUUUUUUUCCUCUCUUGUUCUUGUUCUUGUUAAUUUGUUGCCUGUGGAACUCUUAUAUUCUUCUCUGAUGAGCUAUAAGAGCCUUGAAUGAGUUGUUAUAGCAGGUGAAUUUUUGUGGGUUUCGGGAGGAAGAGAUGGAGAAGCUCAAUUUUGUCAAAAAUGGUGUGCUUAGAUUGCCUCCUGGGUUUAGAUUCCAUCCCACAGACGAGGAACUUGUGGUUCAGUAUUUGAAGAGAAAGGCCUUAUCUGUUCCUCUGCCUGCUUCAAUCAUUCCUGAAGCUGAUGUUUGCAGGUCUGAUCCUUGGGACUUGCCAGGUGAUUGUAGGCAAGAAAGGUACUUUUUCAGCAUUAGAGAGGCCAAGUACCCAAAUGGGAACAGAUCAAACAGAGCUACAGGUUCUGGGUAUUGGAAAGCAACAGGGAGUGAUAAGAAGAUUGUGACUUCUAAGGGAAAUCAAAUCGUGGGGAUGAAGAAAACUCUGGUUUUUUAUAGAGGAAAAACCCCUCAUGGUUCCAGGACUGAUUGGAUUAUGCAUGAGUAUCGCCAUGUCUGUUCUGAUGAUUCCCAGCAAAAGAUGAACUCAACCCAGAGCACUGCAGUGCCAAUGGAGAACUGGGUUAUCUGCAGGAUUUUCUUGAAGAAAAGAGGUACCAAAAAUGUGGAUGAAGGCAACAUUGUUGGUAAUGGAUUUGAGAAACAAGUACAAGCCAAGAAAAACAAGCCUGUUUUAUAUGAUUUCAUGGCCAGAGGAGGGACUGAUUUGAAUCUUGCUCCUUGUUCAUCAUCUUCUGGCUCCAGUGGAAUCACAGAUGUCUCUUCUGAUAACAAUGCAUCAGACGAACAUGAAGAAAGCAGUAGUUGCAAUAGUUUUCCUUAUUUUAGAAGAAAACAGUAGUAGCUUUGAAAUUAAAAUUUCCUCUCUUUAAUUCUAUUGCCAUUUUCUAGUCCUUGUACCAGUAAAAAUAACCAUCCGAGCAAUCUAAUGUUUGGUCCUUUUUCUUGUCA